ACAAGUCGCAUUAAAUUUCACUGCAAGGAGACAAUCCUUGAUUCUUGCAACAUCAGUUGUCCUACGGAGCUGAACGACCUAUCGGCUUCACUCGUCUCUGAUUGGAAUGGAAGUAAAAUAUCUGAAUUAUCCUGUCUAUGCUGUAUGCAUAUGCCACUCGACUCUAUAGUCAAAUAAAGACUUUUUUACACAAGUCAAGAUGAGACAUGAUGCUAUUGAGAACACCGUAAUGCUGUCCGGAACUUUACGGCAGCUGAAGUGAACCGUUGAUGUGGUGGUACACGACGGUGGGUCGCUGUGCUCAUCAAGGCAUCUAUGAUCUAGCCUGGUCAGUCUUGAUCUACUGUUCAGGAGAAAAGAAAAUUAUUGACCAAGGGCAAGGCAGGUUUGCUUCUAGAUGCUGAUGGAACAUGGAUUUAAAGGAAGAGGAGGGUGAUUCUACGUGGGAGUUUUAUUCCCAGCAUGUGCUGACCACAAUAGCAGGACUUGUGAUGCUUUUAUACAUCCUCAUCAAAGGAAGGAAAGCAGAGACAUCAGAACAGGAUGCAAAGAAAGCAGAUGAAGUAUCAAAGCCGGAUGUACUGGGAGACUAUGCUCAAUGUCACCAACCAGACUGUAUCAGAUGUAAACCAAGGAAAGACAAUCACCUGCUGUGGAACGAAAGACUUGGAAAGUUUUUGGAGAAGCAAUGCCCGGAGAACCAACUCUUCCUUAAAGAUCUGUGGGAAAGCUUUCAACAAGACGCGCAAGGAGGAUGUAUUGAUGGUAUAUCUGACAAAGCCGACAUUGAGGAGAAAACGAUAAAGCUUCAAAAUCCAGUGGUUUACUCGUAUCCUGCACUUCAAAGUUGUCCAUGGUAUGACAUUGAGGCUGUAUCUAGCAAAGGGCAUAGGAGUGACAUUCAGAUAUUGAAAGACAAGUUUGGAGUCAUCAAACAGGAGUUUGAAAGCGUCUACGCAAGAUAUUUGGAAGGUGACUGUAGCGGAUGGUCUGAGAAUAAUGUACCCUCUGGGUCGUGGAAUGUCUUCCAUCUGUAUAACCAAGGCAGAAGGAUAGAGGAUAACUGCUUGAAAUGUGCAAGGACUGUGGAAGUAUUAGAGGGGCUGGAGACCUUCAUGUGGGGAGUGUCAUUUGGAUACGCCUGCUUCUCUGUUCUACAGCCAGGUUCCCACAUAUCCCCUCACUUUGGACCAUGUAAUAUCCGCCUAAGGUGUCAUUUAGGCAUUCAGAUCCCAGUUAAUUGCUCAUUGACGGUGGCUGGUGAAUGCAAGCAAUGGAAAGAGGAGGAUUGUCUUUUGUUUGAUGACUCCUAUUUACAUGAAGCAGUCAAUGCAAACGAAGGAUCAGUGAACAGUAUAGAUGGGUCAAGGGUCAUUCUAAUGGUUGACCUUUGGCACCCUGACCUUAGUGAUUUAGAAAAGGAGGCUUUCAGAGAGGUAUUCUGCUGAACUUUGUUGAUGCCAAAGAGGAAUGAAAUAACACAAAUAAUGACAAACAUCCUGGCCAAGGAUCGACCUGGAAGCUGUUCCAGAAAGAUGAACG